AUGAGGCGAAGGCGUGCUCUGAUCUCUUCUUCAGCUCAACCUUGGUGGCAGAACUCAUCAAAUUCGCAAGGAGUAUCAGGCCCAACGCCAACAGCGGUACAGCUUGCUAUCACAACAGUCUACAGCAUAGCUAAUUCGUUACUACAGAGUCUUGUUUCGUCUGGCAGGAGUGAGACUGGACAAUACUACACGACCAUAAUCCUCACGCGAACACAAUAUACCACUUUUAUAUACUCCGNNAAUUCAUACUCUGAUCAAUCUCAAAGAUCAACAAAGUCAAGCCUCNCUUUCUAUGAGCAGACCUUCGAGCAAGACUUCCUCGCAUACUGCGUCGACAUCAUCUUCCUGGUCGAUCAUAUAUCAACCAACGACUUUGUCCACCACAAAAACGGCGAGGGCGACUACGCACUCAACAACGACUGUGAAGACAACUAUCUUGAUCACAAGUACGCGUACUGUCCCGGCAGCAUCGAGUACGCCGCAAAAGUGUCGAAUUCUGCUAUUCAAGACACCACAUCUACAACCUCUACAUCUAUCGCAAGCUCAUCAGCAGCAGCUGUCGCUAGUACUGGUGCACAAGGACACGGCUCCCUGUUAGAUAAAGAUGGAGCUGCCGCAGAGCCUCGAAUGUCAUCGUCUUCUCAAGCAUUACCAUCGGCGGUCGCCGCAGCAGGAGCGACACGGGAUUCGGAUAGGAGUGCUAUCCUAGCCGCUCAACGAGCUCAUCCUGAUCGAUUGCCUGUUAUCGAUCACAACCUCAUCCAUAUGGAUCUCGACCACUGGGACCGGCCUUUCGCUCACGAAGAUCCCCACCUGCGCGAUGAUGGCUCGCCUCUGCGACUCAUGAAUCCAGAUCCUACGCCCACGCCUCCAGUUGCCUUCAGAUCAUCUGCGACGUCUAUAUCUCCUGAUGCAGGUCCAAACAAUCCACACAGCUUCCUCCAAAGGCAACGCUCCGCACUCACAGCAGCUCUCCUUUCGAUCAAGCGUUCUUUCUCGAGUCAAGACGUGGUACCGAGACAUGCAAGCGAUGAAUCACAUCUACAGCCAUCAGCGCACCCAUCAGCACAUCCAUCACCCCUCCACAUCCCAGACAAGAAUACGAACAAACUCACCAUGCCCUCCGAAGCCAUUCUUGUAGGCGUCUCGGCUUCCCGUCCAAUCUCUUCCCAAUCAGCCAUGUCCAACAACACCAUCAUCCGUCAUCAAGUCCCUGAUGAUCCAUUCGUCACAUCUGCAACUCCUAACUCACCGCUGCCGAAUUGUCUACAACCGGGCAAUGGCAUUGCUCGUCGCGACUUUCUUGCUCCACCACCGCUUCUAACACGGAUGCCAAUGCAAUCUACGCCUACGCAUCCUCGGCAUGGCACUUCUGUCGCCUACGAGAAGUGA